CGUCGCAAGAACAGAACUGACGGAGCGCACUGUCUUCCUUUUGCCUUUUCUUUUUUUUUUCGAUUCGAAUCCUUCCAUUUUCCUUUUGGGGCUUUGGCCAACAGCGGCAGGCUCGAUCAGUGGAGCAGUUCGUUGAGGAACAAUAGCCCGGCAGUGCCCAGGAUCGAGAAGCAUUCUCGCUCAUCUCUUCAGAAAAACAAAAAACAAAACAGAAUCCACCAUUCUCCAGUGCCAGUGACAGUUGUUGGUGGCGGUACGUUAUCUGCUAGUGAUAAAGGACGCUCCUGCGUGUGCGUGCGUAUCUCUGCCUGUGUGUGUGUGUGUGUGUGUGUGUGUGUGUGUGUAUUGACAGCGUGUGUCCGCGUGCCGCAAACUACUGGUGCCUCUGGUUCGGUCGAUUCGCCGGCAGCUGACAGUUCGCAGCAGAGUUCGGGUUCGAUAGCAGCAACGACUCGACGUCUUGCAUUUGCGCACUAGCGACGCACCCGAGCAGAACAUUCUCUCUCUGGCAGACAGCACCGCAACACAGCUGUUUCCACGUGACAGCUAAAGAAGAGUUUUGUUUAUCAUCACUCCUGGUAAAUAGGAACUAAACGCUGCUGUAGUGUGUCGUCAGGUCCGGUUGGUGUGUGUGUGUUUGUGUGUCUGUGUUUUUGUGUUGUGAGUCCAGUGCUGGUUGUGCUGGUGGUGCAGUCGCUACUGCUGUUGCUGCACUUUCGAUUGGAACACUUCGAUAACCCCGAUUGCUCCACUGCCUGCGUCAGCUCUCUUCACUUCGAGUGUUCAGAAUCCGUCACACCGGAGCUCUAGUUCACACCCAAGUGCGACAAUCCAAAAAGAUCGCACGCAAACGAUCGGAAGACAUCUCCAGUCCAGUGGCGUCCGUCAAUAUCGUUCCCAAAUAGCCCACAAAAAAAAAAACGACAGACAGUCAAAAUGAGUUCACCAAACGUGACGACAUCGUCCAACUACUGGGACUUCCUGUUCACCGAGCUGGCCGAUCCGCGGACGAACCAUUGGCCGCUCAUCUCGUCGCCCGUCCCGGGGCUAACCAUCAUCGCCAGCUACCUGUACUUUGUGCUCAACUUCGGGCCCAAGUACAUGGCCAACCGGAAACCGUUCCAGAUGCAGAAGACGCUCGUCGUCUACAACUUCAUCCAGGUGCUAGUCAGCGUAUACCUGUUCUUGGAGGGUCUUGACGGUGCCUGGCUACGGCACUAUAGCUGGCGGUGCCAACCCGUGGACUUUGACAACAAUCCGGCGGCGAUGAGGGUUGCUCGAGGUUGCUACAUCUACUUCUUGGCGAAAAUCUCCGAACUGCUCGAUACCGUGUUCUUUACGCUACGGAAAAAAGACAAUCAGAUCACCUUCCUGCACCUGUACCACCACACCGUGAUGCCAAUGAUCUCCUGGGGAGCGACCAAAUACUAUCCCGGUGGUCAUGGAACGUUCAUUGGUGUCAUCAACUCGUUCGUACACAUCGUCAUGUACACCUACUACAUGAUGGCCGCUAUGGGACCUCAGUACCAGAAGUACCUCUGGUGGAAGAAGUACAUCACCAACCUUCAGAUGGUCCAGUUCGGUAUGGCGUUCGCUCACUCGGCCCAGCUCCUGUGGACUGACUGUGGCUAUCCUCGUUGGUCCGUGUUCUUUACCCUUCCGAACGCGAUCUUCUUCUACAUGCUGUUCAACGAUUUCUACAAGAAGUCUUAUGGUUCCAAGAAGGCUGCCGCUGCCAAGCUCGCCAACGACGCGGCAAAUGCCGAUAACAACAAUACCCACCCAACGACGACGACGCCAAGUGCAGACAAAGUGGCCAGCAAGGAGCUAUGAGACGCACCACGGUCGACGUUCCACGUCCGCAAACGCUCCACCGACGGCUCCACGGUUUUACGCCACCUUACUCACUUCUCGACGGAGGUUUAGGGAUAGAACCGUCUCAACUCAAUCUACCCGAUCAAUUGCUCAGAACACUAGCAGCUCGGUGCUGCACAAGCAGCGCGGUGCUUGCACAACGCCUGAACGUACCUUUCGAUGACAUUACCUUAACAUUCCGACGACGACGACGACGACCAAUUCGUGCGUUCGAUUCGUGCAUUGGCGCCGCCCUGCAGCUAACAACCACUUGCCCCGGAGGUGAAAGUGCACAAAACAGUAGUACAGCCAGCAGCGGACACAGGGGACAGUUACGAAGGUGGUGGUAGUGAUGAGACGCAAACACAUUGCCAAAAACGUAAGGUCCCCUGUUCCUUCUCCGCGGGUGGGCAAGGCAAUUGCGAGCUGACAGGUUGGCGAACGAGUGAUCGAUUCAACACCGAAUUGUGCAUGUAUGUGUGUGUGCGUAUGUUUGUGCGCGUGUGGUUAAGGUUAGAGCGGUCUAGUGUAAUCCAGUCUACUUUGUAAGUUAAUUCGUUUUAUAAAGAAAAAAGCAAUAAAUUAAUUAUACAACCGA